AUGGAUGAUGCGACAACGGCGUGUGAAGAUCUUAAAUUUUUCGAAAAACGAUUGACAGAGGUCAUCAAUUAUAUGGGACCGACUUGUACAAGGUGGAGAAGUGAGUUUGGAUAAGAUGUUUUUAUCAAGCAUAAAAUAACUGGAAAUUUUUUGAUUUUAUUUUCAAAUUUACGAAAAUCACAGAAACAUGAGCUCCAAAGUUCGAAAAAUCUAUAGAUCCGGUCCCAAAACAAGUCUAUAACUAGUCUCAAAGAAGAUUUCGUGAAAAAACUGAAUAGUGGAAAUUGAUCACCGAGUUUGAUUUAGUAGAAAAUCUUGAAGAAAUGAGAAAUUCAUGAUUUUUCCAAUAUGAAAAAGGAUACUGUAAUGUUGUGUUAAAAAUACUUUUUUUUUUUGAAAAAAGCCUUGAGAUCUCUUUCUAGAAACCUCAGAUUUCUUACAUUUUAGCCUUAUGCUCAAGAAAUAAUUUCAAAUCUCUCGAAGUUCCAAAAAUUUCCAGUUCCACCUGUCCUAUUCUCAUUUUUUUCUCUAACUCAAUUUUAUCUAAUAUUCAUCCUUAUUCCUCAUUUUUCAUCGCUCUCAAUUUUACAGUUUCAGUCGCAAUUGUGGUGGUCGCAGUGGUGAUUGGUGUAACGGGAACAAAAUGGAUGACAAAUACCGAAGUCGAAACGGUAAAUCAAACUUUCAUUUUUUUCGAAAUAAAAUAAUGAUUUCAUAAUUUGCAGAUGACAUUAAGCCAUUUCCUUUUGACCGCCCAUCUUGAUUUCACUGUAUGUAUAGUUGUUGCUGUUUUGUUGUUUGGCGUUUUUGGUGUGCAUCGGAGAGUUGUCGCCCCAACGAUGUAGGUUUUUAUUGAUUUCGAAAAUAUUUUUGACAAAGUUUGACUCUUUGAAUAACAUUAUGUUAUCAGAAAAAAAAAAUCUUUUCCACGUCAUAAUAAUUUUCAAAAGAAUUUCCAGUGAUUUCUGAUAAUAUCAUAUUUAUCACCCUUUCUACACACAAAAUCUUUUUUUCCAGAAUUGCUCGAAGAUGUCGAGAUGCAUUAUCACCGUUUAGUUUGAGUUGUGACCACGUGAGUUUUAUUUUUCCUCCCUUAAAUUUCCGAUAACUGAUUUUCGUUCAAUUUUCAGAACGGAAAACUGAUAGUAAAACCGGCGAUUAGGAAUUCAGCUCCCUAA